AUGGAAGCCAUAAGAGUUUUUGGACCAAAACUUGGAUCUAAACUCUCUAUUCGUUCUCAGACCAGUGCAUUUCCGCCAUGCAAACUCUCUCCCUUUCCGCUGACUCAAAUUUCCAGCAAGCCUCUCCAUCUUAUUCCUUUGAGGGCCACUACUAUUCCUCUGGCUUGUGAUGAUAAAGAAAAUAAUCGCAAAUUCGAAAAGUUGGGUCCUUCUGAAUGGGGUCAUCAAUUCCUCUCUGCUCAUGUUGAUCUCUCAGAAAUGGAGGCGCUCGGGAGAGAGAUAGAGGCACUAAAGCCGAAAGUGAGGGACAUGUUCAAGUCUUUCAAAGGAAUGAAGUCGAACAAGAAGAAUUUUCUUUUAAUAUAUUUGCUUGUGAGUCUUGGUCUCGCACAUCAUUUCGAGGAUGAGAUCGAGAAGAGUAUCAAAGAUGAUUCCCAAGAGAUGGAGGAGAUGAUGGCGGGUGAAAAUGAUUUGUACACAGUUUCCAUCAUCUUCUGGGUUUUCAGGACAUAUGGUCACAACAUUUCUUCCGAUGUUUUUAACAGAUUCAAAGGGGACAACGGAAAAUUUAAGGAAUGUCUUGCCACCGAUGCUAAGGGUAUCCUGAGCUUGUAUGAAGCUGCUCACAUGGGGACGACGACCGAUUAUAUAUUGGAUGAAGCCUUGAGCUUCGCAUUGAGUUACUUGAAGUCGUUAGCAGCAAGUGGGAUAUGCAAACCUAAUCUCAGGCGUAUACGAAAUGCAUUGUGUCUACCGCAGCAUAAGAACGUGGAGAUAUUAGUCGCAAAGGAAUAUAUCCGGUUCUAUAAACAAGAAGAAGAUUGCGAUAAUACGCUACUCAAGUUUGCCAAGCUUAACCUCAAAUUCCUACAGCUACAUUACCUUCAAGAACUCAAAAUCCUUUCAAAAUGGUACAAGGAACAAGACUUUGAAUCUAAGUUGCCACCUUACUACAGAGACAGAAUCGCGGAACUGCACCUCGCUACGCUAGCAUACAUCAAUCCAAAAUACUCACGUGUGAGAAUUUUUCUGACUAAGAUUUACACGAUUCAAAUAAUUCUAGAUGAUACAUGUGACAGAUAUGCUUCUCUUCCAACCAUCGAAAGAUGGGAUCCCAAUGAUCAUGCCAUGGAUGGACUACCAGAUUAUUUAAAAUCUGUGGCUAAAUUUAUAUUUAAUACCUUCCAAGAGUUUGAAAGAGAAGUGGGGUCAGAAUCAGGAGGAUCUUACAGCUUGAAAGCUACAAUUGAAGACUGCAAGAGAAUGAUGAGAAGCAAUCUUCAACUGGCCAAAUGGGCAGUAACGGGUCACUUGCCUGGCUUUGAUGAGUACCUAGAUGUUGCUGGAGUCGAGAUAGCCAUAGAUUUUACCUUGGCAGGUAUUUUGUUGGGUAUGGACAAUAUCAACAAGAAAGAAGCUUAUGAGUGGUUGAUAUUUAGAGACAAACUCGUUAGAGCAAUGUCUACAAAAGCAAGACUGGUGAAUGAUUUGUUUGGCUAUAAGGAUGACAUGAGGAGAGGAUAUGUCACGAACUCGAUUAACUGUUAUAAGAAGCAAUAUGGAGUUACCGAAGAAGAAGCCUUUAGAAAGCUUCAUCAAAUAGUUGCGGAAGGUGAUAAGAUGAUGAAUGAGGAGUUUUUGAAGCCAAUCAAUGUGCCACAUCAGGUUCUAAAAGCAGUCCUCGACACGUUACGUGCGGUUAAUAUUUGCUACGACAAUGAAGAUGGAUUUACCCGUCUCGAUGGCAAUCUCAAGAACUACAUCACGUCUAUGUACGUUGAUAUUUGAGGACUUAAUUAAGUGUAUCAUUUACUUCU